CGACGGGGGAAAUGCGCUGCCUGAUUCCUGGUCGAGACGCCGGAAGUAGUAGCCUUGGUCGGUGAACUUCUUCUUGUUCGGGCGUUCGACAUCUGUUAAAGGUUAGCGUUGAACACCGCAUCUCAGGGACGUGGCGUACAAAGCAGGUCGACGUGCGGUUCUGACUUUCGCCGCUUGAUGUGGACAAGUUGAGGGGAAGAAUGAGACAUGAUCACCGUGUUGAUGCGAUAUGGAUAUGGCAAUUACCUAUCAGGCAUUGAGAGAACUAGAACGGCGCAAAGCCAAUGUCAGACUUUCAUUGCGGCGAUGGCGAAUGUUGAAUGGACAAGCGCGCCACGAGCAACCAGAAACCAGGGUUCAGGUUCACGCUUACGCCUUAUUAGGGUAUGGAUAUGAGUACCAUCUCAUAUCUUAACGGCCUUACUUAAUUCCUACUAGGAACCAUCGCUAUGAAAGUGAGACGUGUGAAACGAG